AUGACAAAUACUUUACAUCGUUUAAAUUCUUCAACAAGUGAAGCAAAUUUUAAAUUAUCAUGUGAUGUUGUUCAUUCUAAAAUUAUUCGUCAUGAUCAAUCAUUGAUUGAUUCUAUUCUUGCACAUGACAAUCCUCAAGAACCUAUUAUUACUCUUUCUGAUGGUCAAAAAUAUUUCUGGUAUCUUGCUAUAGGAAGUAUGAAUAAUCCGAUCUCAUUAUAUCUUCGAAAUCUUAUUCCCAUUAUAUCUUAUCCAGCAAUAUGUCUUAAUCAUCGUGUUAUUUUUCGAGGAGUAGGUGGUAUGGCUGAUAUAGAAUCGUGUGAGGGAAGUGAAUUCGAUGGAGUUGUUCAUUUACUUUCUGAAGAACAAAUGAAUCGUUUAGAUAAAAUGGAAAUGAGUUAUGAACGAAUUAUAGUUCCAGUUGUCAAUUAUCAAAAUCAAUCUCAUUCUGCUUAUGCAUAUAAAAUGACUAUAGCUAGUCAUCCAGAUAAUCUUCCAAGUGAACGUUAUCUUGAUAUUAUUGUAAAAGGAUGUGAAUAUUAUGGUAUUCGUCCGGAUUAUAUCAAACGAUUACGGGAAGAACAAGCAGUUACACCUCGAAAAGAACCUCAUACGUAUCAAUCUAUUAAUGAUGUACCAUCUGAUGUAUUCUAUACAACUGAUGAUCUUGCAAAACAUAAUGGAAGUGAUCCUAAUUAUCCAAUUUGGAUUUGUAUUAAUGGAAAAAUUUUAGAACAUGUUGGAUUACCACCUAGCGAUAGUCCUGAGUAUGAAGCACAAAAACAAUUUCAUACAAUUAUACAAUCACGAUUUGCUGGACGUGAAGCUGAUUUCGAAAUUGCUAAAGCUAUAUAUGAACCAUUGCAUAAAUUACCAUUAAAUGAAGAAGAUUUGACUGAUGAACAUCGAGCAAUGCUUGAAGAUCAUCAUCUUUCAAUGCGAUCUCGAAAUGAUCAAAAUAAUAAAUAUUGGAAACCAAUUGGACGACUUCGCCGAUCAAAUAAAAUUACAAACUCAUCUUUAUAA